UUUUUUUUUUUUUUUAACUGAGCCAAGCAGCGGGCGGUGGUGCGUUUGCGGCUGCUCGGCUCCUCUGUGACGGACACUUUCUAAUGGGACGACCCGCUCAACUCGCUCCAUCGGCUACAUAUAUAACGCGUUCAUAGUCGCCGGAUAACAACAAGUGGGAGGGAGAGAGAAUAAAACAGAGAAAAGAUUCUGGCCGGGCCAAGAUGGUGGACCGCCUGGCCAACAGCGAGGCCAACUCCAAGCGCAUCUCGGUGGUGGAGGGCUGCUUCGGGGCGGCGGGCCAGCCCCUGGCCAUCCCGGGCCGCGUGCUGAUCGGCGAGGGCGUCCUGACCAAGCUGUGCCGCAAGAAGCCCAAGGCCCGGCAGUUCUUCCUGUUCAACGACAUCCUGGUGUACGGCAACAUCGUGCUGCAGAAGAAGAAGUACAACAAGCAGCACAUCAUCCCGUUGGAGAGCGUCACCAUCGACACGGUGCCCGACGAGGGCGAGCUGCGCAACGGCUGGCUCAUCAAGACGCCCACCAAGUCCUUCGCCGUCUACGCCGCCACCGCCACCGAGAAGUCCGAGUGGAUGAACCACAUCGGCAAGUGCGUCCAAGAGCUGCUCCAGAAGAGCGGCAAGGCGCCGGCCGGCGAGCACGCCGCCGUCUGGGUGCCCGACUCGGAGGCGGCCGUCUGCAUGCGCUGCCAGAAGGUCAAGUUCACGCCCGUCAGCCGCCGCCACCACUGCCGCAAGUGCGGCUUCGUGGUGUGCGGGCCCUGCUCCGAGAAGAAGUACCUGCUGCCCAGCCAGUCCUCCAAGCCCGUGCGCGUCUGCCAGUUCUGCUACGGCCAGCUGGUGGCCGGCGUCCGCUCCGACUCGGUCGGGCGCCCCGGGGACUUCCGGGACGCGUCGGACGACGACGACGACGACGACGAUAGCAGCGACUGAGCGGCCGGCCCCCCGGGCCCCGACCCUCGAACUGAGCUGCGUGGCACCGAGGUCCGCUUACACUUCCCCCGCUACAAGGUAAAAAAAAAAAAAAAAAAAAAAACUCUAAUACUUUAAGAAUAAAAGCCUGGGACUUUGAGGAAUUUUUUUUUUUUUUUUUUUUUUGGAGUACACUAAUCGGCAAGAAAAUGUCAGAAUUUUAGGGGGAAAGUCAAGAUAUUUGGAAUUCAUUUUUUUUUCAUGAAAAAUAGGAUUUAUAGUCAUUUCUCAGAUAAUAGGAAGUCAUAUAAAAUGAGAUGAACUACUUUCCUCUUUUCAUUUUUUUUGACCCUUCGCCACUUGUAGGGUUUAGCUGCAUUUCUGUUAAAAUUUAAAAAGAGAAAAAAAAUGAAAAUAUUUUGGGGAAAAAUUGAAUAUUCCUCCUCUAGUACUUCCCAUCCAAG